AUGCAACCAUUCCGCCUUACCGCCACGGGCUACAACAUCAACUAUCUCCCUCAAUACAUUGCCGAUCGGAAAGGAUUUUUCCGCGAGCAGGGCCUCGAUGUCGUGACAACAAUCCCUACACCAUGGGAUGGUGUCCUUGACGCACUUGCCGACGGCUCCGCCGAUAUGGCCCUUGGAGGGAUCUGGGUACCGUCCAUGUACCGCGACCGAGUACAAAACUACACGGUCUUCGCGCAAAUUGCAAAUCGCUGCCCUCUAGCACUGCUCAGGCGCACGAGUUGCGAAAAGUUUAGUCUAUCCGACGUAGACGGCGCGACCGUGCUGAUGAAAUCUAUUGGUGGCGCUAGCGUCGGAUUAUUCUUCAAAAUGCUACUGCGAGAGCAAGGAAUCGAUCCAAGAUCAGUGGAUUUCAUCCAAGAUCUGGACGGCGUCAUGCUUGGAAACCUGUUCCAAGGUGGUAUGGGCGAUUUCUUCGUAACGGACAAUCUAUCUGCACAGGCCAUCGCGGCGCGCAAUCCCGAAGUCUCGAUCGCGAUGGAAAUGGUCACGCAGGGAGAGGUACCUUGGAGUGUAUAUUACCGAGAAACUUCGACGAUAACCCCGAGGUUGCUCGAGGCGCAGAAGCGGUUUUGUAUUGGGCUGAACAAAGGCAUGCAAUGGGUGCUCCAGCGCGAUGCUGAGUCCUUCAAGGACGAACUCGCCGAGCUGUUUCCUAAAGUCCCCAUUGAUGUUGCUAUCGAGGUGGUCAACUCCUUCCGUCGGAAUGGGAUGUGGACUACCACUACUAUACCAAAAAAGGCAUUUGACCGCUGGCAGAAAGGUCUGACCGACGCACGCUUUGUCAAACAACCCUUGGUGUACGAGUCUAUUGUGGAUUCUGGGCCUGCGAACGAAGCGCAAGCUCCAACCAUAACUCAGUAA